UGAUACUCAAGUUCACCGGUAUAUCGUCGGGGAAGAGGUCGCCGCACGAGUACAUCUUAGGAUAAAUAUUACAACGAUCUCGAUAUAAGUAGCAUGGCACAAAAGGAGGGCUGUACGGCCAUGAUCCCUCGGAUUUUAACACUCUGUGUUGGGUGUCUCGGCAUGAUAACAGCCGGGUCUAUCUAUGCCUUUGGAGCGUAUAAUGUCGCUGUCAAAAGGCAUUUCAACUACACUCAAUCCGAAGUGGAAAUAAUAGCGUCAAUGAGUAACUUCGGUAUAUCAUUUGGUAUGCCAGCUGGUUUUAUGUGUGAGCGCCUUGGAGCCCGCUGGACCUCACUGUCGGCUCUACUGAUAUCCUGCCUUGGUUUUAUGUUGCUAUGGAGUACAACGGAAAUGAAGGACUACUACGCGCACACCGCGCCACUACAAUAUCUAUAUUUCUUCCUGGCAGGUUUCGGAGCAAUUUUCAUGUACAUGGCAAGUAUGAUUACCAAUAUGAACAACUUCCAUCCAAAGCACAGAGGCAAGGUGAUCGGUAUUCUGGACGCUUCAUUCAGCGGCGGACCAGCACUCUUCGCUUUCCUGUUUGGGGAAUGUUUCAUCAAUGGUCAUGUCAAGGAUGAACAGAAUCAGAACCUUAACGGAUUUUACCUAAUGAGUGCUAUAUGUUUUGGAGUCGUCGGUCUUAUGGGUAUUAUUGGCCUGAAAUCGUAUGAAACUGACAUCAGUGAAGCUGAUAUGAGUGCAUUAGCAUCUAGUACAAGUGUUAACACUGUACACCAGCCAAAGGAUAUCACUGGCAUUGAACUUAUCAAAAGGACAGACUUUCAUUUCCUUUUCUGGGCUUACUUAUUUUGUGCGGGACUGCAGCUGAUGUUUCAAAAUAAUAUAGGCGUGUAUCUGAAAUCGUAUCAUCUGGAGAACUAUACAACAUUGUUCACAACCAUUAACCCUAUAGCGGGCGUGGUUUGUAAAUUCCUGGUGGGAUAUAUUUCUGACGUCGUAAUAGAAAAAGUGCCUCGUAUUGGUCUUCUUCUGUUUUUUAACAUUUUACAAACUGCCAUCCUGAUUCUUUGUAUCUUUUUCUCCGACAAACUCUCCAUGUUAGUUGUUGCUCUCAUUGGAAUCGGCUUCUCAAAUGGCGCCCUCUGGUGUUUAACGCCUACAAUGGUUAGUGAAUUUUUUGGACUGAAGUAUUUCGGACGAAACUGGGGGAGCAUCAUAUUUGGGAAUGCGUUCGGUGGGUUAGGGAUACAGCAAAUGUUCGGUGCUAUAUAUGAUAAUAGUAUUUCAGUCAAAGGAAAAACGGAUUGCUACGGUCUCCAUUGCUUUACGUGGAGUUUUGCAGUCGUAUCGGUACUAAGCCUUUGCUCCUGUAUAUUUAAUUAUGGAUUGUUGCAGGGUGAAUUUGAAAAACGAAAGUAUUUGAAGGAAAAUGCUUCAGAGGAAAUGCGUUACGGUGACGCCAAAAUAGAAGAAUCAAAAUUGUAAAUGUUUUACCUGUCAAAACUAUUUAAUCUACAAAUGUCUACAUAAUCGGUCAGUUAUUCAGUGACCAGUGAGCCCUUGCAAUAUUACAUAUGUCACUAGUGUAAUAUACCAGUGAUCGAUUUUCAUUGGCCUCCCUAAUAUAUAAACAACGGCGCAACAAAAGGACAAUCUCCGCUUGAUUAUGUCUUCCACAUUUUGCCUUUAAAACCUGAAUGUUUUCUGAGCUAUGUGUCAAAAUGUAACAUAAAUUUGUUUUCAUUUCGUAUGUGAUUUUAAGAAACUCGUCUCGAAGUUUUAAUUUUUGUUCGGCAGGGCUCGCAAAAUAUAAACUUUUAAGACUCGUUUGAAAUGAAAACUCAUCUAAGAUCGAUAGAUAGCCAUAUUCAUAUCCUCGGAUCAACAGCAAGUGGCUACCUUUUCCUUUUGCAGAACCCCCCCCCCCAUUCAACCAUGUCAUUUCGGAUCACGAAUAGACUGUUGUUAACGCGUAUUGUCUUUUACCGAAAACGUCUAUUUAUUCCAUAAUAUAAUAUUCAGAAUAUCGCUAUGAAUCACAUUUUCAUUAACAUAUGCUCAUAAUAAGAAGAUAACGCUUAAUCUUCCGGAACGCACGCCUUAUUCUCCAUGUAAAUUUUCAAGGGACUCCAUGCAAAUCGACAUUUUUCUCAUAUUUUGCCCCUGUUUUAUUGACUUCGAGGCGGCAUAAUUGUUUCGUCCUUUGCACAUUUUCUUACAGUGCGAUAAAGUGUUGAAAAUAAUUUUAAACAAAGGAAUCUUUAUAACAAGUUUCGUUACGCUGAAGUAGAAUAGAAGUAUUAACUAGUAACUGUAGUAGCUUACUAUUCGGUGUCAAUGAUGCUAAUGUUUUUUUUAGUUAAAUUACUUCCAAAAUAUAAGCUUCUUAUCUUUCUACAGAACUAGAACUGGAACCAGAAACAGCUAUGAGUUACUCAUUCCUUUGUUUGCUUGAUGGAAUCUUAAGUCCUAGUAUUAGUUAGAGUGAGUUUGCUUUAGAAAGAAAAAAGAAAAAAAAAAGAAAAA